AAAGACGGAUGGUGGGUCUUCCGGGCAAAGGCAUCAUGGUAGAGGAGCAGUAGCGGCUGUUAGCUGGUGUUUUUUCCCACGGCGGAAUCAGUACUGCUCUACAGACACACAGACUACCGGCUACAGACACACCUCACCGCAGCGGGACAGCACAACCAGCCGCCGCCAAGAUGAAUAUCCGCAACGCGCGGCCAGAGGACCUGAUGAACAUGCAGCACUGCAACCUGCUGUGUCUCCCAGAAAAUUAUCAGAUGAAAUACUACUUCUACCAUGGACUGUCCUGGCCACAGCUUUCCUACAUAGCAGAAGACGAGAACGGCAAGAUUGUUGGAUAUGUACUUGCCAAAAUGGAGGAGGAUCCUGAUGAUGUGCCUCAUGGACAUAUUACAUCUCUAGCAGUAAAACGGUCCCAUAGACGUCUUGGCCUGGCUCAGAAAUUAAUGGACCAAGCCAGUCGAGCCAUGAUUGAGAACUUCAAUGCCAAAUACGUCUCCCUACAUGUUAGGAAAAGCAAUCGAGCAGCCCUGCACUUGUACUCCAACACACUCAAAUUUCAGAUAAGUGAAGUCGAACCCAAAUACUAUGCUGAUGGAGAAGAUGCGUACGCCAUGAAGAGGAACCUCACACAGAUGGCAGAUGAGCUGCAGAAGCCUGGGGUGCGUCUGUGGGGCUCUGAAGCUCCUCCAUCGCAGGUGACAGCAGUGACUGGGCUGGUGGAGAAGCUGACGGUGCAGGAUGGAGAGAAGGAGGGUGAUGGAGAGAGUGGUGGCGAGAGUAAAGAAAUGAGUGAGGUGAGCGAGGCGACGGAGAGCACAGACGUCAAAGACUCGUCCUCUGAUUCUUAAACCUCGACUGCUACUGAUCUGGAAACUUCACCACCACUCCCCUACGCCUCACCCUAGGAUUUUAAAUUGGUUUACUGGUUACGGUAUUUACGGGUGUCCAGUCUUUUCCACAGAGGCUCAGGGUGCCUGUAGGUUUUCAUUCUAAACAACUGGGUUAAUGAAAACCUGCAGCCACACCGGCACAGUGUGGAUAAAACCUGACAGCCCCGGUGUAUUUGGUUUAUUUUAUCAACAAGAAAGAUGCCUUGCUUUUGAUUUUGGGAAUAUUGGUAAGACCAGAAAUAUGUGAAUAAAUUUGGACACAGUA